GUCGGAAAACGCAGCAGGCUGCAGUACUGAGUUGUUGCCGCCUCCUUCCUUCCUUCAAGUUGCAGUGUCUAUAUUUCUUUACAACCUCGACACGAUAAUAAUGGCUGAUGCUGCUUCUGGCUCCGUGGACAGGUCUGUCCAGGUCAAACUGGUUCUUCUCGGUGAGGCCGCUGUUGGCAAAUCUUCGGUAGUCCUCCGUUUUGUCUCGAACGAAUUUCAAGCAAACAAGGAGCCCACCAUCGGUGCAGCAUUCUUGACUCAGAAAUGCCGUCUCGAAGACCGCGUCCUACGUUAUGAGAUUUGGGACACUGCUGGCCAGGAACGUUUCCACUCUCUCGCUCCCAUGUAUUAUCGUAAUGCUCAAGCCGCGGUGGUUGUUUACGAUGUGACGAAAGCAACGAGUUUAGAGAAGGCGAAGUCGUGGGUGAAGGAACUUCAAAGACAGGCAAAUCCCAACAUCGUUAUCGCACUGGCUGGCAACAAAGUUGAUCUCGUACAAACAUCCGCGGUCUCAUCUGGGUCCACUCCAUCAUCCGAGUCUGAAGAUGAGGCGGAUGAUGCUACAGCCACGCCUGGGGAGAGUCCUAGUGCUAGUGGUGACGAGCCAGAGAGUUUGCGACAGGUGCCACGUGAGGAGGCUCAGGCUUACGCUACCGAGGCUGGCUUGCUGUUCUUUGAAACCAGUGCCAAGACUGGUGAGGGUGUCGUCGAGAUAUUUACAGAAAUAGCGAAGAAAAUACCGAUCGAGCACAUUCUGGCUUCCACACGAGGUGGUGCAGGUCGAUCCGGUGGUGCAGGCGGACGAACUGGUGGGGCUAGAGAGGAUGUGAACCUCGAGGAGCAACAGUCCAAGAAAGACGGAUGCAACUGUUGAGUGUGUCGCUAAUUAUUUGGACUCCACAUCUUCAACCUUCGCGACCGUCUCGCUUCUACUUAUUAGCACACCUUUUAUUCCCCUCUCUUUGCCAUUUACGUGGCUAUCGUUGCCUUUGCCUUCAUAUGUAAUCUGCUUUUAUAAUUCAUCUGCAACACAAACAUUGGACU